AUGUCAUUUGAGCAAAUCAUCAAAGAGGAAAUUGACUUGGUUUAUUCCAAUAUUGACCAUCCAUAUGAGUUAGAUGAUACCGCAUGGAAACCAUACGUUUUAAUAAUCGCAAAGAAAUAUGCAAGAAUUUUUAGAUUCUUGCAUACAAUGACCAACAAACAUUUGACAGAGAAACAUCUUCAGAAAAUGUUUAAAACUGAUCUUCCAGUGGAUAGAGACAAAGCUGUUGAGACAUUCCUGACAUAUUUAUUAAAUCACUUCAACAAUGUUAGCAACCUUCGAAUUGUUGACGUAAUGGCUCAGGGGGGUGAAAAGAUAACUCUACUCCAAUUUUAUCAGAGGAUAUUAUCAAUUGAACCAGCAUAUACAAAAAGGCGAAUCGAAGAAAGUUUGGAAGAGGUCUCCAAAGGAAUACCCAACAGGCAUGCCAUACAGGAUGCAAUGUUUGAUGCAGUACAUGGAAGAAUGAGAAAAGAUGGUACUGCUAUCUUUGUGGAUCAUCUACCAGUAUACGUUUUGAGGUUACACAAAUACCUAAAAUUUGAACAUUUCGAAAGAGUCGAAAAACUUCUCGACUUGUUAUACAAAGAGUAUAUAUUAUUCAUUACUAUUGACAAUUACCAUUUUCCUGGUAUUAACCGAUUAUGCAGAGAAAUCGGGAUUCGUCCAAACUACUUAGAAGAGCACAGGGGGUUUAACAAUGAAGAUGUGAGCUUCGUGUCAGAAUUUGUUGAAAUCACGGCGUGGAACUAUAAACACCCUGGUUCAAAAGAAUAA